AUGGACAUUAUCAUGCAGGAGCCAAGUCUUGCCCGUGUCUACACCUACGCAAACGUAAAUCAGCCCAAAGAUUACUAUGAAUAUGAUGCACUCCAAGUCAAUUGGGGAUUCCAAGACAACUACGAGAUUAGCCGCAAGGUCGGUCGUGGAAAAUACUCGGAAGUGUUUGAAGGCUUAAAUGUCACCAAUGGCCAACAAUGCGUCAUCAAAGUUCUUAAGCCUGUCAAGAAGAAGAAGAUCAAGCGUGAAAUCAAGAUUCUUCAGAACUUAAACGGAGGACCAAACAUCAUUGGACUUUUGGACAUUGUUAGAGAUCCUCAGUCUAGAACACCAUCCUUGGUUUUCGAGUAUGUGAACAAUACAGAAUUUAAGAUUCUUUACCCUCGCUUCACUGAUUAUGAUGUUCGCUACUACAUGUACGAACUCUUGAAGGCUAUUGACUAUUGUCAUUCCAAGGGCAUCAUGCAUCGUGAUGUCAAACCUCACAAUGUGAUGAUUGAUCAUGAGAAGCGUCAGUUGCGUUUGAUUGAUUGGGGUUUGGCCGAUUUCUAUCUUCCUGGCGCAGAGUACAAUGUUCGUGUCGCAUCCAGGUGUUUCAAGGGACCCGAGCUUCUCGUCGAUUUCCGCUUGUACGAUUAUAGCUUAGAUAUGUGGAGUUAUGGUUGUAUGUUGGCAGGCAUGGUCUUCCGUAAAGAACCUUUCUUUAAUGGCCAUGACAACUAUGAUCAAUUGGUCAAGAUUGCCCGCGUCUUGGGUACUGACAGCCUGUUCACUUACCUUAAAAAAUACAACAUUAAACUUGACCACCAGUUUGAUGAUAUUCUUGGAAAGUACCCAACAAAACCAUGGAGCAAGUUCGUUGGACCUGCCAACAAGCGUUAUAUCUCGGAUGAACUUUUUGAUCUCCUUGAUAAUUUGCUUCGUUACGACCAUCAGGAUCGCCUUACAGCACAAGAAGCUAUGGACCAUCCUUAUUUCCGCCCCAUUCGUGAACAAGAAAGCGACAAGACAAAGUAGUCAUCCUGUAGUGCGUCCCUCUCCCACUUCUUUUUUUUUAAAAGAAAGAAAGAAAGCCAGGCCAAACAAAGCCAAACAAAACAAAACAAAGCAAAACAAUAUCAAUUUUUACAUUCCAUGACCUUUCCUUUUUGUUGGCUAUUUGUACAUGGUCUUGUCUACAAACACUCUUUUUCUUUUCCCAUAAAAAUAGAUGAGAAAAGCACUACAAGUCAAGUCAAUAGAUAUAUACAUACAUACAUAAGCCAAGGUCCAGAACCAGAAGAAUUUGAAUUCAUUAUAAUACUUACUAUUUGAUCAAAUAGCUUUACCUUGUCUUUGCCAAAAAAUAAGAUUUAAAGGAUACUAUAUAUAUAUAUAUAUAUAUUUCACUUCUUUAUAAACAGGACACCCUAUAUAUAUAUAUGUGUGUGUGUGUAUCAGAAAAUAAUGAUAAAUCCCCAGGAUCGAAUUUCUUCUCCAAAAAUAAACUAUGCGAUAUAUGGAUAUUGCUCAAAAUUC